GCCAUAACCGACUUCCAUUUCCACCCAUCUCUUUUUCUCUCUCUCUCCAUGGAGGAGCUACCUCCUCCUCUAAUCAUCGAAAUCCUGAAUCGACUCGGCGACUCAUCGGAGCUCGCUCGGUGCCGACUCGUCUCGAGGACACUCAACUCGCUCUCUCGCGAGGUCUCGAAAAUCCACCUCCUCUUCACCUUGUCACGCUACCUCAAAUCCCGAGCCCCAGGGACCGAGCCCUCGGUCACGCCCUUCAAGACCAUCAUCAGCAACUUGGUCCUUCACCGCCGAGCCCUCCGGUCCGUAUCGAUCGGCGUCGAGAAAUCGCUCGGAAACAUAUCCGACGUCGACGUAGAGGGCGAGUCCGACGAUCUUUACCUCACCGAUGUCGGAUUCGUUAACCAGUGGUUGCCGAACAUCGGUGGUGGGCUCAAAUCGCUUUCGAUAUCGGACUUUUGGAUUCAGUCUUGUUGGCGAAAGUCGGAGAUUCUGUCUCUCAUUUCAUCGUACUGCCAUAGUCUUCUUGAACUACAGGUGAAAAAUGCUUGGCUGUCUGUGGAUGGUCUAAAACCAAUGCCCAUGCUCACUAGUUUGACACUUGAAUACAUAAGACUGGAUGAUGAAGAUCUACACAACGUUAACCAUUGCUUCCCUUAUCUGAAAGUUCUGAAUUUGAUUGGUGUUGGUGGACUUAAGGAACCAAAGAUCCAUCUUUUGCACCUUUACACUUGUCUAUGGACAGUGUCAAAUGCUCCACUUUCGCUGACCAUAUUGGCACCCAAACUUGUCAAACUCAAACUGAAGUGCAUUAAACCACAGUCUCUUGUCCUUGAAACCCCACUGCUCUCUAAUUUCCACCUUGCCCUUGAAGAAGCAAACGAAUUUAAAGUGAAAGAGUUUCCUCAUUUAAAAAACCUUAAGCUUGAGUCUGUGAAUCUUUGCAGUCUUAUCAGCAUGUUUCCAUCUGGUAGAACCGUCAAGAAGCUUAGGGUGGAUUCAAUGAAAUUGAAAAUGACAGGGUUUAACUUUGACAUGUUGUUUGAUGUUUUCCCAAAUUUGAGCUAUCUUCAUAUGGGUUCUGGAGCUUGGAAGGAAAUAGAGAAUUAUUUUCACUCAAGAGGUAUGGAAGGUAGGCGUGGGAUGAAGGGGUUGAAGGAAAUUGUUGGAUAUUUGGUGGAAUUUGACUAUCUUACAUUUUCAUUCAUUUUCUCUAUUUUGGAUAAUUGUACCAACUUAUCAGACAUGGCGUUAGUCAUCCACAAACGAGUUGAUAAUCCCACUGCUAGCAGCCUCAUCUCAAAGUGCAGAGCUGCUUGUCCAAGAGUUAGAUGGAAAAGAGGAAUGUGGAUAGAAGGAACAGAGGAUCUUUGGGUUUCUGAACCCCUGUAGUUUGGCAACCGUGGUUGUCCAUAAUAGGAAGAGGACUGAAUAAAAAUUCCUUUAUCUAUGCCAUGUUUCCAAAGGGUUAUGUUAUGUAUAAUUUGAAUAAAAAUUCCUUUAUCUAUGCCAUGUUCUUAGAACAAUAAUUUGCUGUGUGGAAUUUGGCAGA